UGUAAGGGAACCGUGGAAUCGGAACACGGGCACCUCGCUCAGCGAUCGACGCCUGAGACGUAGCUUUAUAGUCAAACGAACUGCCAUCGGGUGAACAAGUCUCGCGACGUUCAUCGUGUUAAAUAUACAUAUAUUUUUUUGUUGUGCCUUUUUUUCUUAAGUUUUUUUCUAAAACAUUAUAAACAUAAAACUGCGGAUGACGAAGAGACACAUUAAUAUGCGUUUUAGUGCGGCCCCUGAAGAUCGGCGAUCGUGAGAAGGGAAAAAAAUUGUGUGGAAGUGAGCUAAGCGGUUUUGAAAAUAUCUAUUGGCAAAACGAAAACGAAUUUGUUAAAGCACAAAUAAACAAAAACGAAAUAAGCUAAGAGAAAAGUGUUGCAAAGUAGUGAAGAAAACCAGAAUGAAUUCGCGAUGGAUUGCUCCGGUCCUAAUCGGCAUAAUCAUUUCGUUUUCUGGCCAUGAUGCACUAACCUAUCCGGAGCGCUUCGAUCGCCUGCCCACGUGGGGUGGUCAUUCCCAAAUUGGUGGGGGUGCGCUCCUGUAUCCCGCCCACCGGGAGAAUCGGGAGAACAGGGUGGACCUGUGCCGGCACUGUUUCUGCAUUCAUCUCAAGGCGAUCUGCGAUUACAAGCUGAACAAAACGCUCUCGAACGAAUUUAACGAUAAGCUAUUGGUGCCGCUGAACAUAAAAUAUAUUGAAGUGCGACUGACUGCUGGCACCCAGUUCGUGAUGUACGAGAACUUCUUCCAGGACAACCAGGUGAACUACUUUGGUGUGAUCGGAGUGGGGAAAGAUGACCAGGUGGAAAUAACCAGCAAUGCAUUUAGCCACAACAAAGGCGGCUUUCCCAACAUCGAAAUAAGAAGUGUAUUGCGGGUUUUCCUGCGCGAGAAAUUCCUGACCGGUGCGGACUACAAGCUGCUGGUGGAGGAUGUUGCUCAGCUGUCCGUAUUCUCCAAUGCCCUUCAGAUGACCAAUCUGGACUGUUCCCUCAAGCGGAUCAAGGAGCUGAAUCUGAUGAAGAACGCUUUCAAUCCUGGCGUUGCCAAGUAUGGGAUAAAUCUCCGCAUCGAGGACUCGAACAUCAAUCAGCUGGGUAUCUUCGGCGUGUCCAUGGGCAAGGUGAGCCUGUUGCGCUGCCACAUCGACAUGAUCAUGAGCAACGCCUUCGAUGUCACCAGCAUCAAGGAGCUGAUCAUCGAGGGCUGCAAUAUCGAGGUGAUCGAGUCCCAGGCGCUAACCAACAAAUUGCAUAGCGAUAAGGUGGCCAUCGUGGACACGGUGAUCGGUACGAUUGAGGGUCAGGCGAUCAGUCAGAGCGGUAUAACCACCAUGAUUAUGUUUGGCAAUACAAUCACAAAAAUACGUUCGAAUGCCAUUCAAAUAGUGGCCGUUAGUCUGUUCAUACGCAACAAUUCAAUGAGCCACGUGGAGCCCAAUUGGUUGAGUGUCAGCCAGGCCGAUCAAGUGGAAAUUGCCAAUAAUCGCUUCCAGAACUACGGACGCUGCGAGCUGAACAUUGGCUCCUCGAAUUGCAGUUUUCGCAACAAUAUACUGCAGAAUCCGCAGUCGGGUAGCCUCAAUUUCACAUGUCGCGUCUACCAGGUGCGCGUGGGCACCGAGUGUUCGUGCAACAAAUCCUGGCUAUCGGAGCUAACCGAUCACGAUCUGGAAUCGGAAAUCCUCUGCCAGCUGGCAGAGCGUGAUGGCAACUGCUUCAAUGCCACCAAUACGGAUGUCCGCCGGUAUGUCAACGAGGCAUGUGCCAGCAAUGUGACCCGUUACUGUAUGGGUGGCCAGUGGGUGACCAAGGCGGCCAGUGAUCAGUCCAGCGACUCCGGCAAAUUGACCAUCGGAAUGAUAGCCCUUGGGAUUGUAAUUUUAACACUCUUGCUUGUUACCAUUGUCUGUGUGUUGGCCAAGAACUGGGGCAGUGGAAGCGGCACCGCUGGCGGUUGCCAGUCCGCUGAUAAAUGCCUAAUCGAGGAGGACAUUCGCGACCAACUGCGCCAGCGCGCACAGGAACUAAGCGGGGGCAGUGCCACGCGCAAGGGCAUACUGAAGCUGAUCAACGGUCAUCUGAGCAAGAAGGAGUGCAACGAUCGGGUCUUCCUUAUACUGGACAACAUGCCGCAAAAAUCGCAGGCGAUCGAAAGCCUGCUGCUUAGGCACAUAUCACAGAGUCACAUGGAGGCCAGUGACAGUGAUGCUUAUGCCAGCACCGUCUUUACUGACAGUGCCAAUGCAACAGCACCACCACCGCCGCCCAGCGCGCCCAGUCCCAGUGCCAGUCAGGGCGGACUCGAAGAUGAGCACAUCUACCAAGUGCCCGAUCAGCAGCGACCGCUCAUCUGCGAGUACUCAUUGCCGCCGCAACAAGUCGAGCAUACGUACUCCGUGCCGGAUAAUGACAUCAGUAAGUACGACAAUGACCACAACCUCAACUACGACUGCACUGGCACCAACAUCAGCUAUAGUUCCGUGCAAUCCUUGGAUCCAAGUCCGAACGGGCCCCUACUGCCGAUUGCAGUAGUCUAGUCUAGUCUUUUCCCUCUACUUGGCUGGGCUAACUGUUCCACGAAUAUUAUAUUAUAUAACAAUCCAUUAUUGUACUUACAUAUAACCUAAAUGUUUAAAUAAGUAUGUAGCGGAUGUUGGUUUAAAUAUUGAUAAAUAUUUAUGCUGUUAAGCCACAUCGCCAAAAAGUUCUCGGAAUUGAUCCUUUCAAGAGACUGACCUAAACCCUCACGAAUAUCGAAAACAUUGAAAAACCUAUAGAAAAAAACAUGAUCUGUAUAUAAUAAAACACCUAAAAAAGGAACCAAAAACUUGGUACAUGAAAACCUAAUUUUUAUUACUAUAAAAAUAUAAUAUAAUAAUAAUAUAUAUAAGAACAUAUAAACUUAACCUGAACAAUAACACGCAUAGCACAAUAUCCAUCUAUAUAUCAAAUCUAUUUUUUUUUGAAGUAUCUCCUCACUUUACUCUCGCACGUGUACGUAACUUUAGCGGCAAAAUAUAAUUGUAUAGCUACACAAAAUUAUUAUUUAAGAAAACACAAGGAGUCGAGUCACAAACACAUAAUGGCAGAAUGGCAGUUCGCAAAUGCGGAACGUAUUAACCCACAAAGGUAGUAAAAACAAAUCGUAGUUAAAUAUUUCCAAAUGCAACCCAAAAACAUGGUGACGGUUUCCAAAUUCUCUAUUUUCUAUAAGUAUCUUCGGUACGUGUAUGCUGUAUGUAUGUGUAGAUUGCUAUUCUAUGUACUAUGUUCUAUGUUCUAUAUACUUCCCCUCAAUGUUGGUGUAAUUAACUGGUGUAAUUCGUUUACUCAGCUCAUAUUUAUAGCCAAUACCAUUAUUCUUUACAGAUACGAACGACAUG